AUGGCUUCGCGAUUCGCUAAGACCGCCAUUGGUGUUGCCCGCCUGCGGCCGACCCUGCCCACGCGCAACCUCGCCGUCACUGCCAACAUUGCGGCGACCCGUUCGGCCUCCAACGUCCCUACUGAGGAUCCCAAGAAGAAGGCUCAGUCGAUCCUCGACUCUCUUCCUGGCAACUCCCUGGUUUCCAAGACUGCCAUCCUUUCCGCCGCUGCCGGUGUCUCCAUCUCCGCCAUCAGCAACGAGCUCUACGUCUUGAACGAGGAAACCGUUGCCGCCUUCUGUCUUCUCAGCGUUUUCACUGCCGUUGCCAAGUAUGGUGGUCCCGCUUACCGCGAGUGGGCUGAGGGUCAGGUUCAGAAGCACAAGGACAUCCUGAACGCUGCCCGUAACGACCACACCAGCGCUGUUAAGCAGCGUAUGGACAACGUCAACCAGCUCUCCGGUGUUGUUGACGUUACCAAGCAGCUCUUCGCGGUCUCCAAGGAAACCGCUGAGCUUGAGGCUCAGGCUUACGAGCUCGAGCAGCGCACUGCCCUUGCUGCUGAGGCCAAGCAGGUCCUUGACUCGUGGGUGCGCUACGAGGGUCAGGUUAAGCAGCGCCAGCAGCGUGAGCUUGCCGAGACCGUCAUCGGCAAGAUCCACAAGGAGCUUGAGAACCCCAAGGUUCUGCAGCAGAUCCUCCAGCAGAGCGUUUCUGAUGUUGAGCGCAUCAUGGCCGCCAAGUCCCAGUAA